CAACAUUCCAAGGGUGCCAACCCAAAAUAUAAAAGGAAUCAUUGCCAUUGUCCUUGGCAUCAAGCAUCACGACUGCAAAGAUGGCAUUUGCUCUUCACUCUUUGUUCCUCCUUUGUGGGAUCAGUGGACUGUUGACCGGAGUUUGGUCUUUCCCCAUGAAGUUUUACAAAGACAAUAACUGUCCUAAAGACUGGACUCAGUUGGACAGCCUCUGUUACAUCUACGAAGAAGAACUGAGGAGCUUUGCAGAUGCAGAGGCUAUCUGCAACAUUCUUGGUGGGAAUCUGGUCUCCAUCCACAGUGGCCUGGAAAAUGCAGUUGUACUUGAAGUGGCUAAAAACGGUACUGCUGGAUUCUGGAUUGGGCUCUCUGACAGUCUUGAGGCUGAUGACUACAUAUGGACUGAUGGGACACGUGAGGAUUUCACUAACUUUGAUGUCACUAAUCCUUCUCUGCCACAGCCUAAUAGCGCUAAUGGUGACUGUGUACAGCUUGAUAAGAAUGAUGGAUUUUGGCAAACUAUGGGGUGCGCUGACCUUGCACCAUAUGUUUGCGUCAUGGAGGCGGGCCACUAAUCACCCCUCUUACCAUCCUGUCUUCUGUCACCAUGGUGUUUGCUAAUCAUGAUGACUUAAUGAGACAAUAUAAAACUUUCGUGGUGUCUUUGUAUGUUUGGGUUAACUAUCAAGUCUCCUUUAAUUCCAUAAUGCUCAGUUGUUAUCGACAAUAAAUUUGUAACGUCAAAAAGCAUCUCCGAGUAAAUGAAGGAAUCUGUCAGCAUCAAAA